AUGCGGAUGACUCGCUCACCUGCCAAAAGCAUGGCUUACGCCUUUUCGUACCCUGGCUACUCGGCAGCAGCAGCUGGUCUCAGCUAUGUUGGGGCCUACGUCAUUAACACCUACAAGAGCUAUGACAACUUUCUGCAGGACAAGUAUGCUCUGUUGCCAGCCGUGAUCAUUAUUUGUAUUGCGGUGGUGAUGUUCAUCAUUGGGUUGAUCGGCUGCUGUGCCACCUUCCGGGAGUCUCGAGUUGGUCUAGGGCUGUUCUUGGCCAUUAUCCUGAUUAUCUUUAUUGCAGAAGUAUCUGCUUUUGUCCUGGGAUUUGUCUACAGGGAAAGGGUAAAAACUGACAUGCAAGGCACAAUGCGCUCAGUCUUUGAGAAAUAUGAUGGGAAAAAUCCAGAGUCUACUGUUGUGGAUUACUUGCAAGAACAGCUUCAUUGCUGUGGGGUGAAGAACUACAGCGACUGGACGACCACACAAUGGUUUAAUACCACUGGUAACAACAGCGUCCCUCUGAGCUGCUGCAGGCAGGUUAUGACGAACUGCACAGGGCGUCUGGAUCAGCCACAGGAUCUCAAUACACGGGUGAGGAUAAAGGACACAUUUUCACAGCUGAGUCGUGAUCACUCUCAGCCAGCCACAACCA